UGGGAGACCAGAUAUAGUGAAUGCAGGGUCUGGGGAGACCUGAUAUAGUGAAUGCAGGGUCCUGGGAGACCAGAUAUAGUCAAUGCAGGGUCUGGGGAGACCAGAUAUAGUGAAUGCAGGGGUCCGGGGAGACCAGAUAUAGUGAAUGCAGGGUCCGGGGAGACCAGAUAUAGUCAAUGCAGGGUCCGGGGAGACCAGAUAUAGUGAAUGCAGGGUCCGGGGAGACCAGAUAUAGUGAAUGCAGGGUCCUGGGAGACCAGAUAUAGUGAAUGCAGGGUCCGG